AUGCCGCUCACAAUCUACAUCACCGACAAAAGGCCAUGCUACUUCGGCAACGAAACGAUCCGCGGGCGGGUUGUUUUCGAAUCAACAAGUAUAACAAACCUCCACGACAUCCGAGUAACAUUCACCGGCCGAUCCAAAGCAAAAGUCCAGAAAGUCAAAGGCGCCGGCGCCCCGGCCGGGAAUUACCGCAGUCGAUGCGCGUUGUUCGAGAAGGAGAAAAUCCUGCUUCAUAUGAACGGCGAAGCCCUUGCACCGGGCAAGUAUGAAUGGCCAUUCGAGUUUGAGUUUCCGACUGCUGCUCAAUCCUCGACGAAAUGGCCCGUCAAGAUUCCGUACAGAAGUGACGAGAAUCAUCCUUUGCCACCGACUUUCGCGAUCCAGGCCGGUGACGAAGCGAGGAAGGUUUCCUGUGCGAUCGACUAUCGGAUUGAAGCGAAAGUCAUGAAGCCGCAACGAGGCCUCUUCCCAAGCAAGGCGCCUUUGUUCUCAGAGGAAGUCCGGCUGAAUUUCAUGCCUGAUUUCGCAGUAUCGGACCCUCGCGAAGACGAUCAGACUGUUCAGUUAUACCGACAGCAGAAAGAACAAGUAUUUAACAUCCGCAGCAUCCUCCUCCUCCCAGAGAAUAAAGGUCGCAGUCUAAGCGUUGGCGAGAAGAUCCGGGGCUGGUUUGCGCCGGGCCAACUGCCCAAAUUCAGUUUCACGGCUUCCCUCUCAUAUCCCACUCGCGUGGUCCAAUCUACGCCUCUACAUUGUUUCCUCAAUAUAUUGCCUCAUAUGGAGGACUCAUCUGUUACUUCCCAUCCGGACAUUUUUAUUAAAUCCGUAUCCAUCACGGCGAUCAGUCAGACUGCGGCACGAGCCGCGCCAUCGAUAAAGGGUGCGAUAUCAGCUGAGUUGGACGAUAAAAUCGAGAUCCUGUCACGGCCAUCGCUGCAUAUGCCUGUCUCGGGGACGGUCAAUCUGGGACAGGCGUUUGGCCCUCUGGUGCUUAGACACACGGAUGUCUCGUUCCGGACGUUCAAUAUCUGCAGGACGUAUAGACUCUGCACGUCUAUUUCUUUCGAGUGCGCGGGGAAGACGAACGAGUUUAAGCUGGUGGAUUUACCGUUCGAAGUCGUUGCUAAGGUUGAAGGGUCGGAGAAGAAGGAUUUGGCGUAUCAGUUCCCCAGGCCUGUUGAAGAUGCGCCGCCAGCGUAUGCGUCUUCGUCGGUUGACUCGCUGCGUUCGGUGGAGGAGGUGUGA